AUGAAGGUAUGGGAAGAGGAUGAUGUAACUGAAGAGAAUACAGCUGGAGUUUAUGCUGGUGAAAAGAUUGCUGACAAGAAGAAGAGUGAUCAGAAAAAGGACACUGAAAAGGCUUCAUCUGUUCAAGAUACAAUGGCUGAUUCGGAUGACAUAAACAAUCACCCAAUGGAGAACCAGAAUGAUGCUCGGGUUAACAUAGCGGGUGCUGAACUGCAAGCAUUAAUUGACAAUGCUGUUGCAAAAGCCUUGGACAGGCAGUAUAGCGAAUCGAGCGGUACUCGAAGUAAGACCCUAUCCGCACCGCAUUCAAAGCCCAAGACUCAUUCUAAGACGCAUAGCAAGCCUCCCUCCAAGAAGGAAGACCCAAAGAAAGAUGAUGAUGAUCGUCACUCUUCAAACCAUCAUAGUGUCCCAUCUCACCGUAUCGUGCUGAAUCAAGGACCCCGUGAUAAGGGUUGCUCCUACAAAUACUUUGUUUCGUGCAAGCCUCGGGAUUUUACGGGGGAGAAAGGAGCAAUAGACUGCAUGACCUGGUUGGAUGAGAUAGACAUAGUGGUUGAUAUCAGCGGAAUUAUUUUCGCAGGAUUUCAAACCUAUCAGCGGGUUAGGAAACUACAACUGUCUCCAAACUCCGGUAAGAAGACUUAUUUACCGGAGGUCGAUGAAUCGCUUAAGCCGAGGGAUAAGAUGACCUUUGACACAGUGAACAACGCAUUCCUCUUUUAUCAGAAGUAUGCAAUGGCUUCAGGCUUCACUGCCAGGAAGUCUACUCAAUACACACAUCAUGGUGUUAUAAAAUCUAAAUGGUUUGUUUGCUCAAAGGAGGGGACUAAACCUUUUAAUGCGAUCGAUACAUCUAAAAAGAUCGACACCUCAAAUAAUGGGUCAAAGAGGAAAUCUGUUCGACAUGUUCCUUCUAUAAGGACUGGGUGCAAAGCACGUAUGUGUAUAAAGUUAAUGCCUUCGAAUCUAUACGAGGUAUCUUCUUUCAAUGAGGCAUAUAAUCAUUUUUUUGUUGCUGAGGAAUAUAGGCAUCUACUCCCCUCUAACCGAGGUAUGAACUAUAUGCAAGAGCAAGCCGUUAACGCGUUGAGUGCCUUGAACAUUGGCCCUGUGAAAGCGUUUAAUAUCAUGAGGACAUUGUAUGGUGGGUUUGACAAGGUUGGGGCAACCAAAAACGAUUUUAAAAAUUUCAAGCGAGACCUGAACAUGUAUAUAUCGGAGUUUGAUGCUGAUAUGAUGAUUAAACGACUUUUGAGGAAGAAAGAGUACAUGCCUAACCUUUCAAUGGAGUACAUAACAGACGAGAAUGGAGUUUUAAAGGGUUUGUUUUGGGCAGAUGAAGAUGCCAAAAGGAAUUUUUCUGUGUUUGGUGAUGUUGUUUCAUUUGAUGCCACAUAUCAUCGUAACAAGUACAACAUGAUGUUUGUUCCAUUUACCGGCAUCGACAAUCACAAUCGCAACGUUACUCUUGGUGCCGCUAUAAUAGGAAACGAAACUGCUGAAACUUACAGUUGGUUGCUAAAUGUGUUUCGUCAAGCAUUUGGCCGUGCCCCUCCGGUGAUUGUCACCGACCAAGACCCAGCCAUGAAGAAGGCUAUCAAAGAUACAUGGCCCGAGAGUAGACAUAGGCUAUGCAUGUGGCACAUCAUGGACAAGCUUUCUGCUAAGGUUGGUGCUUCAAUCUGCAAUAAUACAGAUUUCAAAAAGAGGCUGUGUGCCAUUGUGUGGACCGAUUCAAUUAUACCAGUUAAGUUUGAAAGUGAGUGGGCUACCAUAAUGAACGAUUUUAACUUGGUUGAUCAUGAGUGGCUGCAGUCACUUUACCAAAUCAGGGAUACUUGGAUACCAGCUUAUUAUCGUGAGGAGGUCAUGUCCGGGCUUAUGCGUACCUCUUCUCGUUCAGAGAGCGAGAACCAUUUCUUUGGACAGUUCUGUAACCCGGGUUGCACACUUGUCGAAUUUCUCGGGCAUUUUGAUUCUGCUAUUGAAGCUCAGAGACAUGAGCACAGGAAGAAUGACCAUGACACCAGAAAUACAAACGCUGAAAUAUGGGAUGAAGACUUUGUUUUGGAGGAUCAAGCGUCCAGGAUAUACACACGCACUAUAUUUUUUGACCAGCAGUUGGAGAUACAAAACGGUAUACACAGAUGUGCUAUCGGAAAGUGGGAAAACAUGGGUGACUUCGUUAACUUUUUUGUGAAGGACUGGGAACAACCAUGCACUACUUUCUUCGAGGUUAUGAUGCGGGAGGACGACAUGCCUGUGUAUUGUACAUGCAAAAGAUUUGAACAGUUUGGGUUGUUGUGCUCACACAUCUUUUGUGUGCUAAGGAUGCUUGACAUUAGGGAGUUUCCACAACGCUAUAUAUUACGACGUUGGACUCGAGAGGCUGUUCCAAAUAGUGCCCCUGGUGCUAUUCUAGGUAUCAAUGAGACUGAGGAUCGUUAUAAUGAAGUUAACCGUGUUGUACGUGAGAUCAUAUAUUCUACAGAGUCGGUUAUUAAUCAGCUUGUCACCAACUUUGAUGCGCUAUGCUCGUUCAGGGACCAUGUUGUUAAUUAUUUCAAAACUGCGGAUGAGUCUGUCGUCAAUGCUCCACCUAAGAGCCGUCGUGAAAGGUUUGCAGAAAUUACUGGUAACACAAAACCAUCAGAAGCAACCGUUCGUGUUCCCAUUGGAACAAGAUUCAAAGGUAUGGGUAAGCCUAAACGGAUGAAGUCCAAACGUGAAAUUGCAUUAAGUCAGUUGGGUAAAAGGAGCCGUCAAUGUCAAAAAUGUUUUAGACACGGUCAUAACAGACGUACUUGCAAAAACCCUACCCGGACUAAAGAACAAGCUAUGGCCGAGGAUGACGGUGAAGAAGCUGAUGAAGUUGACGAGGAGGAAGAUGAAUGGGAGGAACUUGAAGAAGAUAUGGAUGAACAAGAUGAGGAUGCAUUAGACGAGGAGGAUGGGGAAGAGGAGUCGUAA